CUUCACACAUUGUUUAACAUAUGAUAGUGAAUAAAGAAUGAAAUUACAUUAGAUUACUUGCAUCGUACCUGUACAUAUAAAUCAUAUUCAAGUAUAUCAGGCCAUCAAUAAAGUUUAUAUUCUGUCCCUUUAUUAUAUGUUGAAUAAUGUCCCUAAUUAAGCUAUCGAUACAGUUAUAUAUUUUGCAUUCAGUGCAUUCUAUGCUGUUUUAUCGAGUGCAUGUAAGUGAACACUUUUCUUUUGGGAGUUGUUUAUGUAAGCUGCAAUAUCUAUCGAUUUUACCGUUUGAACACUUUAUUGUAUAGAAGUCUGUGAUAAUGCUUCAAAGCAAUUUCUUUCCAACUUUUUAGCUCUCCAGCCAAAGGUGGUGUAUGGCUGGCUCACUAUCGACCUCAGUGGCAAAGGUCUGACCUCCGUCCCAGCCGAGGUGUUUGACAACAGAGAUAUCGAACGCCUUGUCCUGUCUAACAACAGGCUGACGACCAUACCCGAGGAGAUAGGUCAACUACAGAAGCUUCGUGAACUUAAGCUUGACAACAACCUACUGACACAACUGCCGGAAGCAAUCACUACUCUACCUAAUCUAAAUCACAUUGACCUGUCAAAGAACAGUAUUGACACAUUGCCUGCUGGAUUCUCGAAGUUAACACUCCACAGGCUACACCUCCACAACAAUAAAUUCAAAGAGAUACCAGAAGAAGUUUGUUCACUACUUCAGCUCCACACCUUUUCCGUGACAAGCAACCCACUCAAGUAUCUCCCUGACAAUAUAUCUCAACUAACAGGACUGAGAACCAUGUACAUCGGUAGAUGUCAGUUUUUAGAGUUCCCCAGACAAGUGCUGCAGUUGGAGGGUCUACAGGAGCUAUAUAUGGGGACCUGGACUGGUAAAGGCAAACCAUCACCCGUACCUGAAGACAUCGGCAGACUGAAGAACUUACAAGUCUUGGACCUGCAGAAUAGUAGCUUGGCGUCACUGCCUGAUAGUGUUGGGGAAUUGAUGCAGUUGAGGCACUUAAAUAUCUCUGCAAACAAAUUCACAUCAGUUCCUGACUCAAUCAUGAACCUGUCCAACCUUGAGAAGCUAAACAUGUCAGGUAACAGAAUUUCCCACCUUCCCCUGACUCUGAUCCGAUUGGCCAAACUAAAGGACAUGGGCAUCUCUGAAAACCCCCUGACAUACCCUCCUCCUGAUGUCUGUCGGAUUGGUACAGCCGCCAUCAUGGACUUCCUGAGAAGAAAGUUGAAGGAAAAAGAAGAUGGGAAAGACCUGAGGAAACGUCUCCACCAUUUCUCACAAAACGUGACUGAAACGCGCGAGGUGGAAGGUCUCGGUGUCGCACUUCAACUUACGGCAGAUGAGAUGACGUCCAUUACCCAAGGUUCAAGCAACCAAACCCCGAGUUACCAGGCCUAUAGCGUGCUGUUGAAGUGGAUGGAGAAAGACCGAGAAGCGUCGGUGGACAAGCUUCAGCAAGAGCUGAGUGACUUUGGCAUGGACCUGCUAGCACAGGAGGUUGGCAGGAUUGAGGCUCGGCCAGGUAAGCGACCGGCAGAAACAUCAGCUGGACCGCCAGCCAAGCGAUCGGCAGCCGGAGAGUUUUAUCUUGACGGGCAUCAGGACGAACAGCCACCGGAGGAAAACUGCACUUCGAGAGCCCUGGUGGAAGAACAACAAGGCAAGAAGCCAAGAAAUCGAGGAUCUGGAGCUAAGCCUAUAGUGUUGCUGCUCAACGAUGAGUAUGGGACUGCAAAGGGCGGCAUAUCCACCGUCCACUACCAGAUGACGUCACUACUGGCUUUCAAAGGUGCAGAGGUCUAUUCUACAGUCCUGAGUGCCACAGAAGACGAUAAGAAGGAUGCAGCUGCUGAUAGCGUUCAGCUCAUCUUUCCAAAAACAUCCAAACGUGACAAGAGAGAGCCCUGCCUUGAUUGGCUGACCUUUGACCAUAAGGCUCGUUAUCCAGACCUUCCUCUAGUCGACUUCAUCGUCGGUCACGUGCCCAUCACAAGCCAUGCAGCAAGACAAAUCAAGGAGCAACGUUUUCCUGACGCUAAACUCGUCCAAGUCACGCAUGUGAUGCCAGAAGACACCAACCAGUACAGGAGCGAUGAGAGGGUGUUGAGCAUUGGAGACGAGCAGAAAAACAUUCUUGAAGACCUGGAACAUGCUGACGUAAUCAUCUCAGUAGGACCAUACUUGCAUGACUACUACAAGCAUGAGACGAGAGAUUUCAAACCUCACUUCGAGUUCCUUCCUAAGCCCUCCGAUAUCUUCAGCACAGCAAAGUGCAAAUACGUUGAUACCAGUGUGAAAGUGGUUCUAUCCAUCGGCAGGGUCAAGGGUGUGGAGAAGCUGAAAGGAUACGAUCUGGCCGCAAUGUCCAUGGGCAAGGUCAUCGUAGCACACCCCGACGCCAAAUGGCGAGCCCACGGCAUAAGUGCUGAAGAUUUCCAGGAGAGCAGGGAUAUCAUCCAGGCCAACGCGAGUAACAUCCAUUUCACCCCCCUGAAGUACGGCACACAGGACGAGCUGCACAAGGACAUGGAAAAGGCAAACGUCGUGCUGAUGCCGUCACGUGCAGAGCCAUUCGGCCUGAUUGGUCUGGAGGCCAUCGCUGCAGGGGUGCCGGUCCUGGUUUCCCACAAGUCUGGUCUUGCGAAGUUCCUGAAGACACAAGACCCCGAGUUCGACCGCACGAUCGUAGAGAUCGAAGAUGAUGACGAUGAGGCCGCCAAAACCCUGUCCAAGCGCAUCAUCAAGAUUCUGUCGGAUGGACACAGAGAGUUUCGGGCCGCACAAAGUUUGAAGGAGAAACUUUUGGCCUCGAAGUACUGGGCUGCAUCACACACCAGUUUCCUCGAAACAUUUGGUCUGGAAGGCUAGCUUAUAACCACAUUGCUUUGAUGCCUGCCAACAUGUUACAUCUGCCUGUUGAUUGUCUCUUUUAAAGUUAUAUCAUGGCCUUCAGAACCCAAAAAUAUUCAUGUAGGUACAAAUCCUGACUCUUGAUCAAACUUAUAUCAUCUUACCACCUAUUCAUACAUUCUGAACUCUUGCAAACAUGGCAAUGAGGAAAACAAUUGAUAUAACAUAACAUCCACGCUUUGUAAUUUAGAAGAGAAGAAGCUUGCAAUCAUAUAGGUCUAAGGGUUCUUACAGUUCAUUCCAUUUUUAUUGGCACUGCUGAAUAUUGACUUCCAGCUGGAUUCCAUAUCAUACUUUAUAUUUAAAGUUGUCAAUCUAGUGCAAAACUAUGAUUUUAGAGUUGGUUGAAAUUAGAGAUAUGGUAGUAUUCUUUAUGUAUUUUUAGAAUGAUGAUUGUAAAGCUCCUAAUAAAGAUUGGAAAGCUUGAAAUAAAAAAUAUUGCUUAUGAAAUAUGCCACAUAUGCCAGGUUGUAUGGUUUGAGCUGCCUCUACCUGUACGUCUGCUCAGCAAGGAAUGUAGUUUUGUACAGAUGGUGUGAGACAAUGUAAUUACUGUAUAUCUAUUGUGGAAGAAAUAUGUGAUUGACAUUUGUUGUAGUUGAUUUUUUCAAUUGAAUCUAGUCUUCUUCAAGGAAUGAACAGAUGUCAGAUGACAGAUGUAAGUCAUGGUGUCAGACAAAAUCAUGCAAUCUUGGCGACGACAUAAGAUCUACAGCCUUAUAACUUCUUUAGAAUAAACUCAACAAACACAUUCAGAGGAAGGUCACAAAUCCCUGAAAAAUCCGAUUUUUCAUAGAUAAGUCUUUAUAGAAGGUCAAAGCUAGACAAUCAGUCGUUUGAAAAUUCCUGCUAUCUUAUCACGAAUAAAACCUCAGAGAAGACAACUUAUUGGCUUCUCAGCUAA